AUGAUUGUAUUAGGAUACAUAAAGAACGUAUCAAAACGGUUCAAGACAUUCGUUGACAAUAGACUCAGCAUUAUACGUAAUACUACCUCACCAGACCUGUGGCGCCAUAUUGACACAAAGUCGAAUCCCGCAGAUAUAGCUUCAAGAGGCAUACAUGCGAAUGACACUAAGAAUCUACAUAUUUGGCUAAAUGGACCAGAUUUUCUAAGAAAAGAUCAUACUCAGUGGCCACAGAAUCAGCUUGCACCGGAAGUAACCGACGAUGAUACAGAAGUGAAGAGAGAAGUCAAGAUAAACAUCACAAUGACUAAUAGAAGUCUAGAUGAUAUCAUUGAUCGCUACUCAAGUUGGACUAAACUUAGAAGAGAAGUCGCGUGGUUACUUAGAUACAAGGUAUUUUGCAGACAGAAAUACUUAAAUCACGAACUUGACAUGGAAAAAGGAAACUUAACAUUAGCGGAAAUCCAGAAAGCAGAACAUGAAUUAUUGAUACAUAUACAACAGGACACAUUCGCAAAUGAGAUGAACAAUUUGAAACAAUUCAAGCCAGUCAGAACUGAUAGCAGCAUUGCAUCUCUAAACCCCAAACUGUGUGACAAACUAAUCCGAGUACGAGGACGUAUACAAUCUAGAAACCUGAGUAAAUGUCCAAUUAUACUACCAAGCAAGCACACUAUAACAAAAUUAAUAAUUCGACAUAUUCAUGAGAAUAACGGUCAUGCCGGAAAACAACAGGUACUUGCAAUCUCGCGUGAGAAGUACUGGAUAGUUCAAGGACUGAGUGCUGUAAAAGGUGUAGUGAGAAGUUGCAUGGUGUGCAGACGACAACACUCCCCCCUGCUACAACAACUGAUGGCGCCUCUUCUUGAAGAGCAGACGACACCAGAUGAACCCCCUUUCACUUACGUUGGAAUAGAUUACUUUGGUCCACUGAUUGUUAAAGAAGGUCGCACACAUGUGAAAAGAUAUGGCUGUCUUUUUACCUGUCUUUCAACUAGAGCGGUACACCUGGAGGUCUGUCAUAGUUUGACAACUAACUCCUUCGUCGCAGCAUUUCAACGCUUUACCUGUCGCAGAGGAUAUCCAAAGAAGGUGUAUAGUGACAAUGGCACGAAUCUUGUAGGUGGCGAUCGUCAGCUGCGACAGUCGAUACAAGAAUGGAAUUCUUCAGCAAUAGGGAAAUAUAUGACAGAAAAGGAAAUAGAAUGGCACUUUAACCCGCCUCAGGCGAGUCAUAGAGGAGGAGCCUGGGAAAGGAUGAUUCGUUCCACACGAACAAUUUUAAAAGCGUUGGUCAGGCAACAAUUGCUCACAGAUGAACAAUUAGUUACGCUGAUGACAGAAACUGAAAGAAUCCUGAACGAUAGACCAAUAACCAAGGUUAGCGAUGAUCCUGAAGAUAUGUCUGCCCUCACACCAAAUAUGCUACUACUAAUGAAGACUAACAGUAGUAUUCCAAGGGGAAUAUAUAAUAAGAAUGACACAUAUGUAAAACGAUGGUGGAAGCAGGUGCAAUAUCUCUCUAACGUUUUCUGGAGAAGAUGGAUACGAGAAUACUUACCAGCUAUACAACAGAGACAAAAAUGGCAAAGAAAAACCACAGAUUUACGUGUAGGUGAUAUUGUGCUAGUGUUUGACGAAAGUACCACAAGAGGAAAAUGGCCAUUUGGAAGAAUUGUAAAAACAAACAAAAGCCGUGAUGGACAUGUACGAAGCUGUAUUGUAAAGUAUAAAAAUACAUAA